CAUUAGGGGAGGAGGCUACGCACAACACACACGGGAGAAGAGCCAAAUCAAAAACUGAAAAAAAAAAAAAAAAAAGGGCUCCUUCUUCUUCUCAUCUUCAUGCCCACACAGAGGGGGCAGCGCACAGCACACAGGGGAAGACCAGGAAAAGAAAAAAACAAAAGGAAAACCCUAAGCCUGCUUUCUCUUAUCUCUCUCACGUACCAGUCACCAUCUACUCCAUCAACCAACUCACCCACGCACCACCAUAGUCCACCGCCCGAGCGAUUACGCAGUCUGUUGCUGCAUCUGUUCUCUCUUCCGUCGUUGCGUAUAUGUUCGCAUCUGCACACCAGAUCCUCCAGUUCCCAGUCGUCGACAGCGUUCUUCCUCAAUUCUCUUUCCGAUGUUCGCUGUUCGUGUUGGUUCUCCAGUCAUCUUCUCCGGCAGCUUCUCAAUUGCAGCCGUUCUCUUUCUCCGACGAACCAGCGGCCACCCUUUCCUCGCCAACCUCCAUUCACCGAGCCUCCCGCGUCGCACCGGCAACAAACCAGCAAACCUGAGCAGCGGCAACUUCGGCACCUGUUCUACCUUCCCAGCGGCAGCCCGAGUGGCCCUCCACGGCCAGCCACACGACACAUCGUUGCUCUACGGCUAGCCACCAACCACCCAACUCCGGCGUUAUCCCCCAGGGAACAGGGAUAGGCCAAGUGAUAGAACUCCGUGAUCAUAGGAAGCUGGGACCCUGACACAUAGGGUGAGUUUCUGGACUAGGGAAGGUGUAAUUCCCCUAGAAUUGGGUUGUUUUUGUGUCUGUUAUGGUGAUGUAUAUAUUUGUGUUGAUACUUUGGGUAUUGUAUUCUGAUUGUAAAGUAUGUAUUAACUUUCGCUAUUAUGUUAUAUAAAUAAAAUAACUUUUU